AUGCGUCAUCCUGCUGUUGGCCCGCAAGUGUUAGAGCUGAUCAAUCACAUCGUGGAGCAGAUGGAGUUCCCUGAGGAGUGGGAGGAGAACUUCCUGGCCCUUCUUGCUAAAUGCGAAUCCCCUCAAAAACCAGGCGACCUGAGGCCGAUUUGUGUAAGCUCUGUUUUUCACAAGAUGAUCACAAAACUUGUCUGUGAGCGAACGAUGCCCCGACUACGCACAGGAUCACGAGUGUCUGGUUGUGGAAAGGGGCGACAGGCGGCAGACAUCAUCGGGGCGAUUUCACGUGUUCGUGAUGUUGCUAAAGAAUGGCAUCUACCUGUCCUGUUAUGCAAGCUUGACAUCUCAGGCGCAUUCGAUCGCUUGGAUAGACAAAAGGUGGUCGAGUUCUUGAAGAGUAGAUUGGCACCGACUGGGCUCCGUCAUGAACUUAGGUUCUUGCUGGCACAGCUGAAGACCUACUGCCUAAAAGGUUUCGUUCCUGGUGGGGGAGAAAUUCGCCUUCACCCAAACAUCGGAAUUAAACAAGGUGCCCCUGACAGUGCAGAGGUGUUCGGCUUAGUCAUGAAUGACCUCCUCAUGUCACUUGUUGAACAUCGAGGCUGGCAGAACUUUGGACGACCAUUCGAGGGACUUGAUAUUGAUCUUGUCUUCUAUCAGGAUGACAUCUUCAUCCUUGAAUCCGAACUGGGAAGAUUGUCCAGGCGCAUUAAGGUCCUAGAGAGAUGCUUGUCGAAACAUGGACUGCAUCUUGCAACCGAGAAGACCAAAAUUGUUGCCUCUGCCGACUAUCGUGGGGUCAGACGUGUCCAGACGGGAGGAGACCUCUUCGAGAUCUCUGGCCAUGAUGAGUCAGUCAAAGUUCUAGGCCUUUCGUUCAGCUUGCAAGAAUCCCAGUCACAACAGGCCCGUGAGCUCCUGCAUCGUACACGCUCUGCAGCUGCAUUUCAUCGUGAACUUUUGAGAGGAAGGGCCAGCUGGGCCAAGAAAGCUGAUAUGAUUCGCUCCUUGGUGGAGUCACAGUUUGCUUGGACGGCUGGUGCGGUACAUUGGGGGCAAGACGACCUCAAGCAAGCCAACACUAUGCAGCUGCAGAUUCUUCGUAGUGCUUUCCGAAUGGGGAGACAUCCUGAGGAGACAUGGAUAGAAUGGAACAGUCGUACACUUCGCCACUGUCGCUCGUGGCUUGCCUACACAGGGAGACCGCGCUGGUCAUCCUCACUCCUGAAGCUGCAGCACACUCUUCAUGGACAUUGGGCCCGCAUGCAAGAAGUCCUGAGUCAUGGAAGUGUGAUAGCUGGCCUCACCAUGCGGACACUCAAGUGGAAAUGUACUAGCUGGUGGAGAUACCAGCAGUCGCUCAGUCCUACGGUCGGUGAACGGCAUCCUGUUAGGUUUUAUGCAUCCAAUACUGAACGACAACUCUCAGAUGCUCACGGCAGUGACUGGUCCAACCUUGCGAUGCAAAGAAAUCUUUGGGCAAGUGCGAGGGAUGACUAUCUUCGGAUGUGGGAUGUAAAGUGGACACGCGAACUGCAAACACUUUGUCCGCCUUACGACCUGCUUUCAUCCCUCUUGAUGGCGUGGCUGCGCGCCCUCGGCGUGCUGGCGACGGUGGCUGCUGGCCUGGUGGACAAUGACUUCUCCGAGUACUUCCUCUACGACCUCGACUUCGCCUACAACUUGGACCUUUUGGACAACGCUUUGUUCGUCUACUUCGACAACAUCCUGGACCUCGAUGCCGAAUUCCACUUCAAGUUGGGGGACAGUGUGUACUACCUCCUCGUCCACUUUGCCGGCCCCGAUGGUAGUCCCAGGCCAGGGCGCUUCGUCCUGGAUUACAUCAUCUUCAACACCUGCUUCGACCACAUCCACGACGCCCUUGAGUUUGCAUACAACCUUGAACUCGCUGAGCUCUUCAGAAUGCGAGUCCUUUUCUUUUUGCAAGACAACGUGGAGUUGGUCGACCUCAACAACCUCCUGCACCUUGACAUCGAGCUCCUUCUCAAGUGGGGCGACGUUGUGUGCUACCACAUCGUCCACUUCUCCGGCACAGAUGGUAUCCCCAGGUCAGACCAUCUUGUCCUGGGUCUCAAGUUCCUCAUCCUGGUCAGUGAGGUCGUGCACAACUUCGUCGACCACUUCGCAGGUUCAGUCAAGUGCAUCAAGUACCAGUCCCGCUGA